UUCUCUGUUCUUUCUGUUGAUUUUCCUGAAACUGAAAGCCGCCGCGUGCCGAGUGAAUGUAAUUCUUUUAUAUCUACCGUAUAUUGUGCAGUUCAUAGUUAAUCAAUAUGCCAUCUCAAGAAUUUUACAUCAGAUAUUACGUUGGACACAAAGGUAAAUUCGGCCAUGAAUUUUUAGAGUUUGAAUUUCGACCUGAUGGUAAAUUGCGGUACGCCAACAAUUCUAACUACAAAAACGACACUAUGAUCAGGAAAGAAGCGUACGUGCAUCAGAGUGUUAUGGAAGAGCUCAAAAGAAUCAUCUUAGAGUCUGAAAUCAUGCAGGAAGAUGAUUCCUCCUGGCCGAUGCCGGACAGAGUUGGGCGACAAGAACUGGAAAUUGUAAUCGGUGACGAGCACAUCUCCUUCACCACUUCGAAGACUGGAUCUCUUAUCGAUGUCAACCACUCAAAGGAUCCAGAUGGACUACGUUGCUUCUACUACCUCGUACAGGAUUUAAAGUGUCUAGUCUUCAGUUUGAUAGGACUUCAUUUCAAAAUCAAACCAAUCUAAAGAACUGGAACUGAUCCUGUAAGUGAUUUUAACGUUGUACAUAAAAUCCAAUUACUCUCUAAGUAUUUACCUUAUACUUUUUGGUACAGUUUCACACAGGGGGGAAGUGAAUCCAUCCAUCUCUCUGUUGCAAUGAAUGGUGAUUCAGAAGAAUUCAUCUCUCCUUGUGUCUGUUCAUCUCUUUGCUUGAAAAGUUUUCACAAAUUAAUUUAUAUAAUUUCCUCAGUGCAAAGGUGCGCAGCAACCUAUUUUCCUGUACUUCAGUAGAUCAUUUGUGUACCAGAAUGAGCAGGGUUUUGCCUAUUUUUGUCAAGUCCUUAAAUUUUGUCACUGUCAUACCUUUCCCAGUAGUCCUAAGUUUUUAUUUUUUUACCUCAAAAAAAUUGUGAAGCACCCGUGAUUCAGAAUUGUAACUGAGAUUUCAAUAUAAACUUGACAUUUAUUCAA